UUUCAUGGAAUUCGAUAAAUUUAAUGGUUCUGAGUAUCCGGGCAUGGUGUCGGGUGCCUUGUGUUUCUAGGCCAUUAGUUAAUACGGGCUCACUUCAAGCCGCCGACUGGAAACGAGGAGAAAAAGUUAUCCCUCCAGUGGUUAUUGGACGGUAAUGACACACGUUGAGGACUGUGCGAACGCAGAGCAAUGCUUGCGGUUCUACUAGGUUCGAUAUUCUUAGCAUGCCCAGAAUUAUAAUCAUUUAGUUACCCGAGUCAAGACUCAUUCUUAAGUCAACGUCGACUCUUGAACCUGUAACUUUCCAACUGGCUAGUCGCAAAUAGCAUUUGCUUUUCCGAGAAAAGUUAACCCCCCAAAAAAAAUGGCAGACUUCAUCGACUCUGAGGCGGAAGAAAGUGAGGAGGAAGAGGAGUUAGAUCACAACGAAAAGAAGAAACUGAAGAAAAUAAAAGCUGUCGAGGAGAGUGACGAAGAUGAUGAAGAUGAUGAGGACCGUCUUCGUGAAGAACUGGAGGAUCUUAUCGAUGAUAAUCCUAUUGAAGAGAGUGAAGGAGAGGACAGCGAUGGUUCUGGUGGCUCAAAAAAGCGUAAAAAGAGUGACGAUGAAGACUUUGAUGAUCGACUGGAAGAUGAGGACUAUGAUCUUAUUGAGGAAAACUUGGGCGUCAAAGUGGAAAGGAAACGCUUUAAACGUCUACGUCGAAUACAAGAUGAGGAGUCUGAGGAAGAGCAGGAGCACGAAGCUGUAGAAGAACGGGAUGCUAUUGCCAAUGAAUUGUUCGAGGGGUCUGGUGAUGAGGAUGAAAGAAGGAGCGAACGUAGCCAUAGGCCAGAACCAGAGACUUUUGACGAGGAAGGUUCCGAUGGAGAUUAUUCCGAGGGUGAUGAUUUUAUUGUCGAUGAUGAUGGAAGACCUAUUGCUGAAAGGCGAAGAAAGAAGAAACCAAUAUUCUCUGAUGCCGCGUUGCAAGAAGCUCAAGAUAUUUUUGGCGUUGACUUUGACUAUGACGAGUUUGGAAAGUAUGGGGAAGAGGAUUACGAAGAGGAAGAAGACGAGGACGAGGAAGAUGAAUAUGUUGACGAAGAUGGUGACGGGGAACGACCGCGUCGUCCAAAAAAACAACCCAAAAAGAAAACAACACGGAAAAGUAUAUUUGAAAUAUAUGAACCCAGUGAACUCAAGCGAGGACACUUUACUGACAUGGAUAACGAGAUUCGUAAUACUGAUAUACCUGAGCGAAUGCAACUACGUUCAGUACCUGUUGUCCCAGUACCAGAGGGAUCAGAUGAACUGGAUUUGGAAGCAGAGUGGAUUUAUAAACAGGCAUUCUGUCGUCCAUCGGUCUCCGUUCAAGAUUCUCAUUUAAAUGCUGAGGCCAAAGAAAGGGCGCGUAAGGGACCACAGACAGUAGGAAAAAUCAAAAAAGCCUUGGACUUUAUGCGUAAUCAACACUUUGAGGUUCCGUUUAUAUCAUUUUAUCGAAAAGAAUAUGUUUUACCUGAACUAAACAUAAACGAUCUAUGGAAAGUAUACAAAUUUGACGUGAAAUGGUGUCAGCUUCGUCAAAGAAAAGAAAACUUGUUACAACUGUUUGAAAAAAUGAGAAAUUAUCAACUGGAUGAAAUUAUGAAAAACGCCGAGGCUCCUCUGCCAGAGGGACUGCGACUGAUAAAGGAUGACGAUAUCGAGAGAUUACGAAAUGUUCAAACCAGCGAAGAAUUGAACGAUGUUCAUCAUCACUUCAUGUUAUAUUACAGCCAUGAGAUUCCACCUAUGCAAGAAGCUGUCCGCAAGAAGGAGAGAGAGGCACGAGUUGCGGCAAGAGCAGCUAAAAGAAGACAGCAGAUAGCUGAUGCUGAAGAAAAUGGGGAGGACCCUCCUCCAGAAGACGACAUUGAAGCUGAUGAAGAAGAAGAAGCUGACGAGACGCUGAAACAAGCUGUCAGAACUGGGCCUUACACUAUUUGUAGAAAGGCUGGCCUGGACGGUCUUGCUAAGAGGUUUGGUUUGUCACCAGAGCAUUAUGCGGAGAAUCUUCGUGAUAACUACCAACGUCAUGAAGUUGAUCAGGAACCAACGGAACCCUCUGUAGUUGCUAAUGACUUCUGUGGUAAGAAAUUUAAGACUCCGGAAGAAGCCUUGAAGGCCACGCAAUUGAUGGUUGCCAUUCAGCUUGCAAGGGAACCUCUUGUUCGCAAAUGCGUUAGGGAAAUGUAUAUGGAAAGAGCCAAACUCUCCGUCACACCUACCAAAACAGGAAUAAAAGAGAUUGAUGAAAACCAUCCCAUAUAUACAAUGAAGUAUCUGAAAGACAAACCUGUAAGAGAUCUUGUCGGCGAUCAAUUCCUGAAACUAAGUAUUGCUGAAGAAGAUAAACUUAUCACCAUUUCACUCAGUGAUUCGAUUGAGGGCAAUACUAGUAACAAUUAUGUAGAUGAAAUGAAGCAACUUUAUUACAGGGAUGAAUUUAGUAAGAAUGUUCAAGACUGGAAUGCAUUGAGGGUAGCAAGCGUGGAAAUGGCUUUAACAAAAAUGGUGAUUCCCGAAUUGAAGAAGGAGUUGAAGGCAAAUCUAAUUGCAGAAGCUAAAGAAUGCGUGAUGCGAGCUUGCUGCCGAAAGAUGUAUAACUGGCUCAAAGUGGCUCCGUAUAGCUGCGAUUUCCCUGAAGAAGAAGAUGAAGAGUGGGAUACGAGCAAGGGGUUACGUGUGAUGGCUGUAUCUUAUGUGCCCGAUUAUUCCAAAGCAGCAUUUACAUGUCUUGUUGCACCUGAUGGCGAGUGUACAGAUUACCUGCGGCUACCACAUUUAAUGAAAAAGAAAAAUAGUUUCAGAGAGGAUGAAAAAGCUAUGAAGGAAGCUGACUUGCUGGCUAUUCGUAAUUUUAUUGCAACCAAGAAACCACAUGUUGUUGUCGUGAGUGGUACAUCCAGGGAGGCGACAAUGGUUGUUGCUGAUAUCAAAGAGUGUAUAAGUAACCUGGUCGAAGAAGAACAAUUUCCCUCCAUUCAAGUAGAAGUUUGUGACAACGAGCUCGCCCAGAUCUACUCAAACAGUAAUAAAGGAGUGUCAGAAUUCAGGGAUUAUCCGGAAUUACUUAGAGAAGCUAUCUCAAUGGCACGGCGUAUGCAAGAUCCUUUGGUGGAAUUUUCACAGCUGUGCACAGCGGAUGAAGAAAUCUUGUGUCUAAAGUACCAUCCUUUACAAGAUCAACUCCCUAAGGAAGACCUUUUAGAAAAUUUGUAUUUGGAAUUCGUUAAUCGAGUAAAUGAGGUUGGUGUUGAUGUGAACAAAGCAGUCCAACAAGCUUAUGCUGGAAACUUGGUACAAUUCGUCUGCGGUUUGGGACCUCGAAAAGGGCAGGCCUUGAUUAAAAUGCUAAAGCAAACUAAUCAACGAUUAGAGAAUAGGACUCAAUUGGUCACAGCUUGUCAUAUGGGUCCUAAGGUGUUUAUCAAUUGCGCCGGUUUUAUCAAGAUUGACACAAACAGUUUGGGAGAUAGCACCGAAGCAUAUGUGGAAGUGCUUGAUGGCUCGCGUGUUCAUCCAGAGACAUAUGAAUGGGCCAGAAAAAUGGCAGUAGAUGCAUUGGAGUAUGACGACGAGGAUGCAAAUCCAGCAGGGGCAUUGGAGGAAAUCUUAGAAUCGCCGGAAAGAUUGAAGGAUCUUGAUUUAGACGCGUUUGCUGAAGAAUUAGAAAGACAAGGUUUUGGUAACAAAUGCAUAACGCUGUAUGACAUCAGAGCGGAAUUAAAUAGCAGGUACAAAGACCUUAGGGUACCGUAUCAAACUCUUAGCGCUGAAAAAUUGUUCGAUGUAUUGACCAAGGAGACACCGGAAACUUUCUAUAUCGGCAAAAUGGUUGAAGCCACUGUAUGUGGCAUAACUCACAGAAAACCACAAGGUGAACAACUAGAUCAGGCAAAUCCGGUAAGAAAUGAUGAGACAGGCCUUUGGCAGUGUCCAUUCUGUUUGAAGAAUGAUUUCCCUGAGUUGUCAGAAGUAUGGAAUCACUUUGAUGCUGGAGCCUGCCCAGGAAAAGCUACUGGUGUCAGGUUGCGCUUGGAAAAUAAUAUAUCAGGAUAUAUUCACAUCAAAAAUCUGUCUGAUAAACAUGUAGCGAAUCCCGAGGAAAGGGUCAGAGUUGGCCAAAUCAUUCACUGCCGUAUAAUAAAGAUUGAGGUAGACAGAUUCAGUGUGGAAUGUACUAGUAAAAGCAGUGAUCUUGCAGAUAAAAAUCAUGAAUGGAGACCGCAAAGAGAUCCGUUUUAUGAUAUGGAGGCGGAACAGAAGGAUCAGCAGAUAGAGGAAGAUGCGAAAAAAGCAAAACAACGACAGACUUACAUAAAACGCGUCAUUGUACAUCCAGCAUUUCAUAAUAUCAGUUUUGCUGAAGCUGAGAAAUUCAUGCAAAAUAUGGAUCAGGGUGAAGCGAUAGUUCGACCAAGUAGCAAAGGUGCAGAUCACCUCACAGUAACGUGGAAAGUGACUGACAAAAUCUGUCAACAUAUCGAUGUUCGGGAAGAAGGUAAAGAGAAUACCUUUUCUCUUGGCCAGAGUUUAUGGAUCGGUAAUGAAGAGUUUGAGGAUCUAGACGAAAUCAUUGCCAGACAUGUUAAUCCGAUGGCUGCUCAUGCUAGAGAUUUAUUGUACUUUAAAUACUAUAAGGACACGGAAGGUGGCUUAAAGGACAAAGCAGAAGAGUUAUUAAAAGAUGAGAAGAAAAAGAAUCCUGGAAAGAUUCAUUAUUUCAUAUCCGCCGCAAAGAAUUAUCCUGGAAAAUUUGUAUUGUCUUAUUUACCUCGCGUUCGCUGCCGACACGAAUAUGUGACCGUUACACCAGAGGGAUUCAGAUUCCGGGGACAAAUGUUCGACAACGUCAACGCCUUGUUUCGUUGGUUUAAGGAACAUUUCCGAGACCCUGUCCCUGGUCAAGGAACUCCAAGCACACCUCGAGGUGCAAUGACGUCUAGAACACCAUACCAUAAUACUCCUGGUGUGAAUAUGUCAAGUAUGAAUCAGGAGGCGAUACAAAGAGUAGCCCAGAAUCUACCGCAUCACAUGCUUCAUUCUCUGUCUCAAGUCGCAAAUCAAACUCCGCACCAUUAUCCACCGCAUACUCCUGGCGCAGCAAGCACUGGACCGUACGGAGGCAUGCAUACCUAUCCCAAUACUCCUUACACCCCAUCGGGACAAACGCCAUUCAUGACCCCGUAUCAGACUCCCCACCACACACCUCACCAUGGUCAGCCAACGCCCAGAUACGGCCAGCAAACACCAAAUCAUCACCAAGGCCAGUUUGUUCAUCCUGGGCCAACCACAGUGACGUCUGCUCACCAUAGAACAACACCUUCACAUCGGCCGACACCGCACAUGUCCACACUGGCCGGGGACCCGAUGGAUUGGAAAAAGGCCGCCGAGGCAUGGGCUAAACUGAAACAGAUCACCCCCAGGAUCUCUGGGAACAGCACUCCUAGAUAUGAAGACUCGAGAAAAACUCCGCGGGGAUACGACGAUGGAUCAGGUCGAGCUACACCCCGCAACAGGCCACCAACAGCACGUACACCGUCAUACAAAUCACCGAGAGGAACCCCACAUACGAAUUCGAGUCCCAGGAGUAUGUCUCUUAGCGGAGACGGUACUCCGUUGUACGAUGAAAAUUAAUUUAGCUUAACCGCUCAUUAUGGUUUCGUAUUAAAAUUAGAAAAAU